AUGACAAUCAUGGCGCCGAACAGAAACAGCUUUGGCAACAGAAUGAGCCACGGCAGAUCCGGAAACGCUCCAAUAAUCAACCUGGUGCGCACGGAGUCGAACGGAGACCCACCCCUCGAUCCUCACAAAGAAGAAACCGAGGACGAACGAGCCGAGAGUGAAUCAGAAGAGAGCGAUUUUGGCGCCAACGACAUGGACAAAAUCUUCUCGAUCCAAUUUAUGGUGUCAUUUGACGACGUCUUCUCAGAAUUCGCGUUGAAGCAUUCGACGAUUUCGUCGAUCGACGCGAUGAAAAAAGAAAUUGAGGAUAAAUUCGAGAACAAGAAGGCAACCUAUUCGGACGUUGUGCUUCAAAUUGAUCCGGAAAUCCUGGCGAAGAAGAAAGAAAUGCUCAUGCUGAGAAGAAAACAGUUAAUUAAAGAUGUGUGGGAAAAGCAACAUCCCUUCCGUGCUCGAUUCGCCAGGCUACGCGAAGAAGCAAUGGACAAGUGGCGAGACGAGGCGCAAAGAGCGAUCGAUGAAGUGAACCCGCGAAAAGCGCUGCAGAAGAUUCAAAAAUACCUGAACUACGAUCCGACGGACUCGAGCAUGGUUAUCAUGAAGUCAAUGGCUUUUCAACUGCUCAAGGACAAUAGAGUCUCCUCAAUUGCGAUUAACAGGGCAAAUGAGCUUGGAGUGACGGAGGAGCAGGAGAAAGCACUCACUUUGAGCUUGGCUGAGUGUGAAUUCAAACAAGCAGAAAAGUACGUUGAAGAAGGAAACUACCAACAAGCGAUUCGCCAUUACAGAAAAGUGCACGAAAUUAUUCCUGACUUCGAAGAUUGCAUGACCUGUAUCGUCUAUCUCGAACUUGAUCGUGGAAAUACAUCGGCAGCAAUGGAUCUUCUUCUUCAACAAAUUCAGCGACAUGUGACCUGGUUUAUGAUGGUGUAA